CCCCCACGGAAAAUCAUAUUGGACUGCUAGAACUCAUUCCUCCUCGGACAAAAAAUAAAAAUGGCGGCUGUAAACACCGAAAGUAAACUGAGCAAAGAAAAUGUCGUAACAACUGAGGUAGCGUUGAAAGAAGGUUGGGCUGUUAAAGAAAGUGGACAAGCUUUCCUCGGCAAAACAAACUGGAGAAGACGAUGGUGUAGACUUGUCAAAGACGCGUCUGGUAAUAUUACUUGGUCAUAUUACCGGAAAAAAGACGACGUGAGUCCAGCUGGUUGUGUUCAACUCGACUCGACAUACGUUGCCCGUGAGCUUGAAGUAGGAGAAGAAAAGCAAAAGCCAUUUUGUUUUGCACUUGGACCAAUCAUUGACAAUUUAGCCACGAGGACCUAUUAUGUAAGCUGUGACUGUGAAGAAGACAAGCUUUCGUGGAUGGAAGUCAUUGGGGCAUCAAUAGAAAAUGACUACACUUCGUCUGAUCACUUUAWUGCCAAUAGAAGAAGUGUGCGAUCUAGAAUGGAUAGGCGGACCAAAAUGAAACGUCAUGUAAGGAGCCUKUCCGCCCCAGCACAAGUGCUGUCUUCUGAAGAUCAAGACUAUUUGGAUCCAGUCUGGAGACUACAGCAAUGGAAAUCGCUUUGUUCAGUCAUCAAGGAAUCUGUUUGGAAGAAGACAGAUACAAAACAUGGCGUUACUUUGUCACGAUUGAGCUUCAAACAUGAAAAAUAUGCUAUCAUUAGAGUAGAAGGUUACAUACCAGUUCCUCAUGAACAUAUCUUUGAAUAUCUGCUGACAGCUUUAAGACCUGGAGGAAAGUUGGACCACGCCUUCCGAAACGAGAACGUCUUGCAAAUUAUCGAAGACUCAAUUCCUCGAGCUUCUAUUGUCACAAAUACUUACAAACUUCCAAUGCCUAACAUGUCGACCCGUGAAUGYUGCCUGGUACGGUGCUGGAUGCCGUCGUACAUGACAAGAAACGGGACAUGCGGACUAUUUGUGACUUCAGUGAAUCAUCCUUUCCAUCAAACGACCAAGAGUUCUCUUCGUGUCCACGUGAAGCCGUCAGGGUUUGUCUUGUCUCCCUCCUAUCAACAAGACGGCKCAGAGCAUACACUGGUCAGCAUCUUAACCCAGAUUGACUUACAAGACUCCUUGCAGACUAUGCUAGAAACCACUUUUAAAUCAGGCCUUUUAAAGAUUGGUCUUCGGACAGCUUUCAACCACAUUAGCAAUCACAUCCAGAAAUACUAUGCCAUGGUGAAAAUAUAGUUUUAUUGUAUUGCGCUUUUAACAACAGCUGUCGCCUUUAAAUUAUACAUAAUGACUGAACUGACUCAUGGGAACUGUUUUGAAACGUACUUGUCUGUUAAUAGUUGUUGUGCCGUUAGUUCAGUGGACGAAACUGCUGGUCAAGUUGAAACAAAGAUUGCAUAUAAUGUAUUUUUUGAUAGUUCAUAGACUCAAAAKUAUGUCAGAUAUACGAUAUAUUGUUUUCAAGACAUGUAAAAGUAUGCAGGAUAUCCAGGGAGGGGAGGGUUAGGAGGAUGAACGCGCUUUGUGUGAAAUUUGAUCUUAUAAUKGAGCUGUGGCACAAUGUAUAAAUUUGAUGUCAAGGCUGCAGUGUUUAUAAUCACAAAUCUCAUAUUUAAUAUAUUUUGAAAUACGAAUCUUGAUUGAAUAAUAAAAGCAAUUCAAUAAAAGCAAUUUGAUACAAUUGUCUUCCAGACAAAUCGAAUGAAAAGAAAUUGAAGAAAUGGAUAGGAAAUGAGAAGACAAUAUAUUUGAUGAAAAGAAGAAAAAUAUGAAAAAAGUGUAGAUUUUUCGUUGACAGUGUACUCAUAAACAAGAUAAAAUAGCCAAGAAAUUUAUUUUCAUCUAAUCAUCUUUUCACGCUGAGGCACGUAAACAACUUUGGACUAAUUAAGGGCUGAAAAGAUUAAUUAUUUUUAAUAAUAUAUUUGUCAAGAAAUGGAAUCGGAAGAGAUCUAAAUACCUUUCAAAGUGUCGUUUGUGCAAAUUUGACGUGAAGUGAUGCUAAUAUUUGUGUUUGUGGACUAUUUUAAGAUUAGACCAUAAUACUUAGAUUAUACAUCAUUAUAGUGAAUAUGCCUCUUUUCCCGCCGACAUUUGACUGCCAUUUUUUGUGGUUUACUUUUUAAUUGUGCUAUUUCUAUUUCAUACUGAUUGAUUCCUGUCUUAAACCGAAAAUCGUAUCACGUACCACACGAUGCAAUGAAGAGAAAUAACGAGACGUACUUCAGUAUCCUGAAUUAAAUGAAUAAUGGAUAUGUUAAAAACAUCUUUCGACACUAAGGGUUUCUAGAGACUAUAGAUAUUCAAUGUAGAAGUAAAUGUAGUUUGUACUAUUUUAAGAGGUGUUAUUGUUUAAACGUAAGCGGGUAUUAACAUGUAUUGUGAAGUUUUUAAACCGUUUGCUUGGUGCUUCUAAAGAUUUAAGACCGUGCAGCAAGAAAAUACCUGAAAAAUUCGACUAGAUUCACUAAAACUAUGCGAUGCAAAGGUAAACUUUUGUCGGAAAUUAUUUGGUUAAAUARGACAAAUUCUUUCUUUUCCUUCUAAAGAAAUAAAUAUAAGAUUUUCCAUUCGUUAAGAAAAGAACAAAAAUAAUUAUGAAAAGUAUUAUGGGUUAAAAAUAGUGAUUGUUUCAUUAAUUCCGUUGCUGUAAGUAACAAUGGUAUGACGUAUUUGUAAAAAGUUAUAAAAACAUUGGAAUAAUCAUAAUAAUUU